AUGAAGGCCUCUCUCGUCCUCACCGUCGGCCUGACCUGGGCCGGCGCCGCCGUCGGCUCCGUCUGCAAGCCCAAACCGUCGUCGUCUUCGGCGGGCCCGUCCUCGGUUGGCCCAUCCUCGGUUGGCUCGUCGUCUUCCGUUGGCCCGUCGGUUGGCCCGUCUUCCGUUGGCUCGUCGUCUUCGGUUGGCCCGUCGGUUGGCCCGUCUUCCGUUGGCUCGUCGUCUUCGGUUGCCCCGUCUUCGGUCGGCUCAUCUUCUUCGGUUGUGUCCUCGCCGUCCAGCAGUGCCGUGCCGUCGUCGUCUGCCUCGUCGUCCGUGGCUCCGUCAGUCUCGUCUUCGGCCGUGUCGUCCAGCGUCGCCUCUUCCAGUGUUGCGUCGUCCAGUGUUGCGUCGUCCAGUGUUGCGUCGUCCAGUGUUGCGUCGUCCAGUGUCGCGUCUUCCUCGGUCGCUUCCUCCAGCGUCGCGUCUUCCUCGGUCGCGUCUUCCUCGGUCGCGUCUUCCUCGGUUGCAUCGUCCAGCGUCGCUUCUUCCUCGGUCGCUUCCUCGAGCGUAGCGUCGUCCAGCGUUGCGUCGUCUUCGGCCUCGUCGUCAGUCGCAUCGUCCUCGGCCGCAUCGUCAAGUGUUGCGUCCUCCAGCGUCGCCUCUUCCAGCGCCUCUUCUUCGGUAGCAUCCUCUUCGGUCGCAUCCUCUUCGGUCGCAUCCUCUUCGGUCGCAUCCUCGUCGGUCGCAUCCUCCAGCGUUGCGUCGUCCUCCAGCGUUGCGUCGUCCUCCAGCGCUGCGUCGUCCUCCAGCAUCGCACCGAGCGUGUCCUCGUCUGUCUCGUCGAGUGCCUCCUCGAGUGCUUCGCCCUCUGUGUCGCCCUCUGCUUCGUCUUCCGUCUCCUCGUCGGCAUCGUCCUCCUCUGCGCCCUCGUCGUCGUCGUCCCCCGCGCCGUCGUCCUCGCCCGUGCCGUCGUCCAGCGUCGCGCCGUCCGUGUCUUCGUCCUCCAGCGCGGCGCCCUCGCACAGCCCGUCGUCGACGUGCACGGGCAACAUCGUCCGGGACCCCAGCUUUGCCGACCCGUUCCUGCUGCCCAACUGGGGCAGCCUUGGCUUGUAUGCGGCCUCCAUCGCCCGCAACUGCCACGGCAACGGCGUCAGCUGCGUCCAUCUCCACGCGCUGGGCGUCGGCUCGUCGUUUGUCACGCAGACGACGGGCACGACGAACCACGCCACGUACCAGGUGACGUUUGAGUACCGGGUCCUGGGCCAGAGCGUGGGCUCUACGAUUUCGGUGAGCCGCGGCGCCACGGUCAUCGAGACGAUCCCGCUCGCCGGCACCCCGGCGAAUGUGUGGACGACCUCGCCGCCCGUGCAGUUCACGGCGAACGGGGCGCUGACGCUGCUGUCGUUUGGCGCCAACGCGGUGCGGAACGGCGGUGCCAAUGUCGAGAUUACCAACAUUAUUGUAUCCAAGUGCACGUAA